AUGGGCGUAACCAGCUCGCAAUUGUGCAGUUUGCUUACAAAGUUUACGGCGCUCAAUGGACUAAACACCUACUAUUUCGAUCCCAAGACGAAUGCGUUCAGGGGCUCCUGGAAGCUCAAGAUAUACUGCGCUAUCCAUCAUGCCCUCUGUGUGCUGGCUCUGGCACACAUGUCCUAUAGCACCCUUAGUAAUAUGCGAGUGAGUGUGACUGUUCUGACAAUUGGUGGCACCAUGGCCUGCUGUGUGAAGUCCUGCUGGGAAAAGGCGCAGGGCAUUCGAAAAUUGGCCCGCGGACUUGUCAACAUGGAGCAGAAGUAUUUCGCUGGGAGACCCAACGGGCUGCUCUUGAAGUUCCGAUACUACAUGAAAAUUACUUUUUGUUCGAUAACCCUGCUGCGUAUCCAUUUGAUCCAACCGAUCUACAUGAGGCGACUGCUACCCUCGCAGUUUUAUCUAAAUAUGGGAGCGUAUUGGCUACUCUACAACAUGCUUUUGGCCGCUGCGCUGGGCUUCUACUUUCUGCUGUGGGAAAUGUGUCGCAUUCAAAAGCUCAUAAAUGAUCAAAUGACGCUCAUUUUGGCCAGGUCGGGCCAGAGAAAUCGUCUGGCAAAGAUGCAGCACUGCCUGAGACUCUACUCCAAGCUUCUACUGCUUUGUGACCAGUUCAAUAGCCAGCUUGGACAUGUUGCGAUUUGGGUUUUGGCCUGCAAGAGCUGGUUCCAGAUCACCUAUGGCUACGAGAUAUACCAGAUGGUGGCUGCCCCAAAGUCAAUUGAUUUGAGUACGUCGAUGAGAGUGUUUGUAAUUUUCAGCUACAUUCUGGAUGCCAUGAACCUAUUCGUUGGAACAGAUAUUUCUGAGCUGUUCAGUACUUUCAGAGCGGACUCUCGACGCAUUUUGAGGGAGACAAGUCGCUUGGAUCGUUUGCUCUCCAUGUUCGCCUUGAAGUUGGCCCUCCAUCCCCAGCGGGUCGUCUUACUCAACGUGUUUACCUUUGACCGAAAGCUGACUCUAACGCUGCUGGCCAAGUCGACGUUGUACACAAUAUGCUGGCUGCAAAGCGACUACAACAAACUCAAGGCGUAG